CAGGUAUGGACUACCUCACGCAGCUAGUAGGACCCACUUCCCCUCCCAGCGGAUUGUGAAUGCAGGAAGCUGCGAAGCCGGUUUUGCUUUGAGGAUGUGGCUUUUGAGGAUCCUGGUUCUGUUGCUGCUGUCCGCUGUGUCUGAGGGCGGAGACUCUAAGGCUGUCACCACUACCCUCACUACAAAAUGGGCUGAUACUCCUCUGCUACUGGAAGCCAGUGAGUUCUUUGCAGAGGAGAGUCCAGAGAAGUUCUGGGAUUUUGUUGAGGCCAAUCAAAACAUAGAAAGAGAACAUGAUGAUACAGAUCAGGCCUAUUAUGACCUGAUUAUAAAGAAAGCCAGUGCUUUGCUCAGCUCCAUCCAGGUCAACAUGCUGAAGUUUGCCCUCUCCUUGAGAGCCUACUCUGCAACAGUACACUCCUUCCAACAGAUAGCAUUCAAUGAACCUCCUCCAUCUGGUUGCUCAGCCUUUUUCAGCGUGCAAGGAGAGAAGACAUGUGACACAAACACCUUAGCAACGCUGCUGGAAACUGCAGCUGAAAGGCCAAAGCCAUAUCUUUUCAAAGGUGAUCACAAAUAUCCAGGAUCAAAUCCGGAUGCUCCUGUUGUCAUUCUGUAUGCCGAGUUUGGAAGGUCAGAUUUCCAGAAGCUUCACCAAGCAAUUUUAUCCAAGGUUGAGAGAGGCUUGGCAACUUAUGUGCUUCGUCACUACCUGGCUAGUCCAAGCCAAAAGAAGGUUUACCUGUCUGGAUAUGGAGUGGAGCUGGCCAUCAAAAGCCAGGAGUACAAGGCAAAGGACGACACCCAAGUCCAAGGUGCAGAAGUGAAUGCUACAGUAAUAGGAGAGAAUGAUCCAGUGGAUGAGGUUCAAGGAUUCCUUUUUGGAAAACUGAAAUCCCUCUACCCAGACCUGAAAGAACAGUUGAAGGAAUUGAGGAAACAUUUGAUAGAAAGCACAAAUGAAAUGGCACCACUUAAAGUCUGGCAGAUGCAAGAUCUAAGUUUUCAGACAGCAGCUCGCAUCCUUGCUGCUCCAUCGGUUGAUGCUCUAAAAGUUAUGAAAGACCUCAGUCAGAACUUCCCCACAAAAGCAAGAUCCAUCACUAAAACAGUGGUCAACUCAGAGAUUCGCAAAGAGAUCACUGAGAAUCAGAAGUUUUUCAAGGGAACACUGGGGCUGCAGCCUGGAGACUCGGCGCUGUUCAUCAACGGGCUGCAUAUAGAUCUGGAUACACAAGACAUUUUUAGUGUGUUUGAGGUGCUACGUAGUGAGGCGAGAGUGAUGGAAGGAUUGCGCUCUUUGCUGAUUGAGACGCCCUACAUCCACAACAUACUGAAACUCAACGUCCAGCCCUCGGACUCUGACUACGCCGUCGACAUCCGCAGCCUCGCUAUCAAUUGGAUUAACAACUUGGAAACAGACCACCGAUACAGCUCGUGGCCCUACAAUGUGCAGGAGCUGCUCAGACCAACCUUCCCAGGGGUUAUCAGGCAGAUUCGCAAAAAUUUCCACAAUCUGGUGAUCAUUCUGGAUCCAGUCCAGGAGAGCUCUUCUGAGUUACUGAGUGUUGCAGAGAUGUUUUAUUCCAACAACAUCCCACUCAGGAUUGGGUUGGUAUUUGUAGUGUCUGAUGAAGAUGACAUUGACGGUAUGCAGGAUCCAGGUGUGGCACUGGUCCGAGCUUAUAACUACAUCUAUGAUGAAGUUGACAGUCAGAGUGCUUUUGAAGCUGUUAUGGCGAUGUUUAAUCAUGUGCCAGUUGGUGGACAACUCAGUGUUGGGGAUGUGGUGAAAGUGUUGGAAAAGAGGUUUCCAUAUGUAGAAGUCAGCAGCAUCCUGGGAGCUGACUCAAGCUAUGACAACAACAGAAAGGAAGCUCGGGCUUACUAUGAGCAGACAGGCAUUGGCCCGUUGCCUGUGGUUAUGUACAACGGCAUUCCUUACCAGCGCGAGCACCUGGACCCAGACGAACUGGAGACUGUCACCAUGCAAAAGAUCCUGGAAACCACAUCCUUUUACCAGAGAGCCGUUUAUCUGGGUGAAUUAGCUACAGAUCACGAUGUUGUGGACUUCAUCAUGAACCAGCCCAAUGUUGUUCCUCGUAUCAACUCCAGGGUGUUGUCUACAACCAGAACAUAUCUGGACCUGUCUGAUACCAACAACCACUUUGUAGAUGAUUAUGCUCGUUUUCUGACACUGGACACCAAAGAGAAGAGCACUGCUGUUGCCAACAGCAUGAAUUACAUGACAAAAAAAGGGAUGACCACAACCAACAGGCAUGAUGAUAGCUACAUCCGUCCUGUGACCUUCUGGGUUGUUGGAGACUUUGACAAGCCUUCAGGACGCCAGCUCCUUUAUGAUGCCAUCAAACACAUGAAAACCACUAAUAAUGUUCGCCUGGGUAUGAUCAACAAUCCAUCAGGCACCCCAUCUGCUGAGACAAGCCAUGUGGCCCGGGCGAUCUGGUCUGCGAUGCAGACACAGUCUGCAAACAACGCAAAAAACUUCAUCACCAAGAUGGCCAAGGAAGAGACUGCAGCGGCCCUGGAGAACGGAGCCGAUAUUGGAGUGUUUGCUGUCGGGGGUAUGGAUCUGUCCUUGUUCAAGAGCGCCUAUGAGAGUAACAACUUUGACUUCCUGCUCUCCCAUGCUGCGUACUGCAGUGGCGUCCUCAAACUGAAGAAAGGACAGAGAGCGGUGAUCAGUAAUGGAAGAAUCAUCGGUCCGCUGGAUGAGGAAGAAGUGUUUAACCAGGAUGACUUUCUGCUUUUAGAGAGCAUCAUCCUAAAAACAUCAGGAGAGCUAAUCAAAAGCAAGGUCCAACAGUUUGGGAUUGAAGAGGACAGGGCCAGUGAUCUUGUGAUGAAGGUUGAUGCGCUGCUGUCCUCUCAGCCCAAAGGAGAAGCCAGGGUAGAAUAUGACUUUGCUGAUGACCGCUACAGCGCUGUGAAGCUCCGCCCCAAGGAAGGAGACGUGUACUUUGACGUUGUUGCUGUUGUGGAUCCCGUAACCAGAGAUGCACAGAAACUUGCUCCUUUACUUUUGGUUGUGAAACAGCUGGUAAAUGUCAACUUACGGGUCUUCAUGAACUGCCAGUCCAAGCUCUCAGAAAUGCCUCUCAAGAGUUUUUACCGCUAUGUGCUGGAGCCAGAGGUGACGUUCCUGACAAGCGGUAGUUUCUCUCCAGGCCCGAUGGCCAUGUUUCUGGACAUGCCGCAGUCCCCUCUCUUCACACUCAACCUCAACACACCAGAGAGCUGGAUGGUUGAGUCCGUGCACACGCGCUAUGACCUGGACAACAUCUACCUGGAAGAGGUGGAGAAUGUUGUGGCAGCAGAAUAUGAACUGGAGCAUCUCUUGCUGGAAGGGCAUUGUUUUGAUGUCAGUUCAGGACAGCCUCCACGUGGUCUCCAGUUUACCUUAGGAACUGCCUCUGAACCCGUCAUUGUGGAUACUAUCGUCAUGGCAAACCUGGGUUACUUUCAGCUAAAGGCUAACCCAGGUGCCUGGAUACUGAAGCUGAGAAAGGGACGUUCUGAUGAAAUCUACAAGAUUUACAGCCAUGAUGGCACAGACUCUCCAGCAGACUCUGACGACAUUAUAAUCAUGCUGAACAACUUCAAGAGCAAGAUCAUAAAAGUCAAGGUUCAGAAGAAACCAGACAAGUUCAACGAGGAGCUGCUGAGUGACGGCACCGAAGAAAAUGACUCUGGCUUCUGGAACUCUCUGACGAGAGGUUUCACGGGUGGAGGGAAAAUAGAAGAACCCAAGGAAGAGAAAGAUGAUGUGAUCAACAUUUUCUCUGUGGCCUCAGGACAUCUGUACGAGAGGUUCCUCAGGAUUAUGAUGCUGUCGGUGCUGAAGAACACCAGAACCCCCGUGAAGUUCUGGUUCCUUAAGAAUUACUUAUCUCCAACUUUUAAGGAGUUCAUCCCACACAUGGCAAAAGAAUAUGGUUUCAAAUACGAGCUGGUCCAGUACAAGUGGCCUCGCUGGUUACACCAGCAAACUGAGAAGCAGAGGAUCAUCUGGGGCUACAAAAUCCUCUUCCUGGAUGUUUUGUUUCCUCUUGCUGUCGACAAGAUCCUGUUUGUGGACGCUGACCAGAUUGUGCGCACGGACCUGAAGGAACUACGUGACUUCGACCUGGAAGGAGCGCCAUAUGGAUACACUCCGUUCUGCGAAAGCCGCAGGGAGAUGGACGGCUACCGCUUCUGGAAGUCGGGCUACUGGGCCAGCCACCUCGCUGGGCGCAAGUACCACAUCAGCGCCCUGUAUGUGGUCGACCUGAAGAAGUUCCGUAAGAUAGCUGCAGGAGACAGACUCAGAGGACAGUACCAGGGUCUGAGCCAGGACCCCAACAGCUUGUCUAAUCUUGACCAGGAUUUACCCAACAACAUGAUCCAUCAGGUGCCCAUAAAGUCCCUGCCUCAGGAGUGGCUGUGGUGUGAAACCUGGUGUGACGAUGGGUCCCUGAGGAACGCCAAGACAAUAGACCUGUGUAACAACCCCAUGACCAAGGAGCCUAAACUGCAGGCCGCGGUGAGGAUCGUGGCCGAAUGGACGGACUACGAUCAGGAGAUCAAACGUCUACAGACCAGAGUCCAGGAGGGAGCAGCAGCAGACCAUAGAUCCCAGGAGCAAAGAACAGAUGUUCACAUGGAGUUGUGAGGAUCCAGGGGGCGCUGUGCUGAUUCUGUGAGCUGGACUCUGUUUAAAGAGUCUGCUGGUUUUCUGCCUGGUGUACUGCUGAAGGAGCGACCGCAAAACUGCCGUGACACCACUCCAUUUCUGUUGCUUUUUUAAUCCAGUGUGAAGGGUUGGGUGAACGUGUGUGUGUGUGUGUGUAUGCAUGCUGUCCUUGUGUGCACUGAUUGGGAGUUGUGGUUCUGGCUGGAGGACACCACAUCUAUUCUGGUGAACUUAGUUCUCAACCAAACAUCUGUUGGUCAGAGGACAUCUGCUCGCUCUCUGGGAUUAGAAACUGUUUUAGUGCCGUCAUGUAAACAACAUGGGAUGAUACUUUAUGCAGAAACAGCUCAUUUUUCUUUAGAACUGCAAGAAAAAAAAAAGUGUAACAUCAAGUUGGAGUUGCCACUACAUCCAUUUGUUAAUUGUGCAGGUAAUGUGAUAAGAUGCCUGCAGAUGACUUUUUUUUAAAAUAAAGAUGAAAUAAUAGUUUGUGGGUUAAUUGGUCACUGUCACUCAGGGUUUUAAAUGUGGGUCGUGUCGGUCAUUAAAAAUAAACUGUCACUAACAGUUCAUGGUUCAAAGAACACCUUUUGUCUCACAUUUGUUAAACUGCUAAAACAGUUAAA